GCGAUCAAGGCCGACAAGACGCGCGUCAUGGACUACAUCAACCGCCUGGACAACUACGAUGGCCCAGACAUCGCCGCGAUCGCGCUGGGACAGUACAACCUCUUCGAGGAGGCGUUCGUCAUCUACAAGAAGUGCAACAUGAACUCCGAGGCCAUGGAGACGCUCCUGACGAACGUCGAGGACAUCCAGCGCGCCAUGGAGUUUGCCGCCCGCUGCAAC